AUGAUGAGAAAUGAUAUUACGGAUUCUAUAAAUGAUAAAUCUAAUCCAAGUAGCUUAUCGUCUAAAUUUGCAUUUCCGUGGGCUAAAUCGAUUAACAAAACUUGCAUGUCGGGACCAAUACCAGAAGCUUCUAAUAAUGGCACGAAUAUCUUGGACUGCUGUCAGCUAGAAACUGAUGGAAGAGGUAGCUUCGUGGAUAAUAAAGGUAGAAAGACAGUUCUUAAGGGUAUCAACGUGGAUGGUGCGCUGAAAUUUCCAUGUACCCCAAACUUACCAAGUUAUGCCGGUAAUGGAAGCGAGCCUGACAAUAUAUUCUUUGAAGGAGAACAGGUACUGUUUGUUGGAAGACCAUUCCCUCUUGAGGAGGCGGAAGUACAUUUUGAAAGAAUAAAAUCUUGGGGAUAUAAUACAAUUAGAUAUUUAAUAACCUGGGAAGCAUUGGAACAUUCCGGGCCAUGCAGAUAUGAUGAUGAUUUUAUUGCAUAUACCAUUGAUAUGCUUCGUAUCAUUAAUGGAAUUGGGGGGCUUUACGUAUUCGUUGAGACACAUCAAGAUGUUUGGUCAAGGUUUAGUGGUGGAAGUGGUGCUCCUAUGUGGACAUUAUAUGCUGCAGGUCUUCAACCACGUAGAUUUGCAGUUACAGAGGCAGCGAUUCUUCAUAAUGAAGAGAGAUUUCAUAGGCAAAGAAACCCAGAUAAUUAUGAUCGGAUGGCUUGGACAACGAAUUACAAAAGAUUGGCGGCAUUGGUAAUGUUUACGGUAUUCUUUUCUGGGGAGAAUUUUUUCCCUAAUUGUAAGAUAAACGGAGAAAAUAUCCAGCUGUACUUACAAAGACAUUAUUUUAAUUCUAUCAAAUACUUCUGGAAAGCAGUUACUCUGGCAUUGCCGGAAAUGAUUGAAAAUGGAAGUUUGGUUGGAUUUGAGCUGAUGAAUGAACCAAGCUGUGGUUUAUUAGGUUAUCAAAAUAUUGAGGAUUUUCCUUGUAACCAGCAACUUCGUGUUGGAACUACGCCAACGGUUUUUCAAGCCAUGAAAUUAGGGAUGGGUCUUGCUUGUAAGAUCGAUGUUUACAAAAUUGCUAUUACGGGUCCGCAAAAGAAUUAUUUUAAAAUAGUAGAUCCAAUGGGAGAGCGGGCUUGGUUAACGCCUGAAGAAUCAAAGUUUUAUGACGACAGGUACCAUUGGAAAAGGGAUCCUAAUUGGAAAAUAGGCGAGUGUCUAUUUGCACAACACGGCAUAUGGCAGUGGGAUGAAGAUAUUGAUUUCUCCAAAUUAAAGAAUUAUUCAGAACAUGAGCGGUUGAAUAUUAGUGAUAAUAAGUGUAAAGUGAUAAUUCCUGAUUAUUUCAGCAAACCAAACAAAAAUCAUAAUUUCAGUGAUAAGAGCAUUCGGGACAUCAAUUUAGAGUACUUCUGUAAUAAUAAUUUUGUUGAUUUUUAUAUCUUAUUUAAAGAUACUAUUCGUUCUGUUACACCAGAUGCUUUCCUACUUAUUGAACCACCAGUUCUAGAAAUUCCUCCAAAGUUGAAGGGUGACCAUCGUCAUAUUAUUGAUUCGAAAACAGUUUAUGCCCCGCAUUACUACGACGGUAUGUCUCUCUUAUUUAAGACUUGGAAUGCUAAAUACAAUGUCGAUACGCUUGGAAUUAUGCGUGGUCGUUAUUACAAUCCCGUGAUGGGACUUGUUAUUGGAGAAAGGUCAAUUAGAAAUUGUAUCAAGAAACAAUUUUUGGAAAUGAAAAGAGAAUGCGAAGAAUAUUUAGGUUCUAUACCAAUAUUAAUGUCAGAAACUGGCAUGCCUUUUGAUAUGGAUGAGAAACAAGCGUAUAGUGGUGGAAAAUAUCACUCACAAACAUCUGCAUUAGAUGCCAUCUCCAACGCUCUAGAAGGCCUGAACAUGUCACAUACUUAUUGGUGUUACACAAGCAUUAAUUGUCAUAAGUGGGGAGACCGCUGGAAUAAUGAGGAUUUUUCAUUCUGGUCGCCGGAAGAUAGAAUCGAUUGCUUGAAUCAUGAUACUAAUCUUAGCGACGAUUCUGCUCCAAAUUCUACAACAAAUACACCUAAUUCGACUAGAAAGUCCCUGGCUACAGGUAAUCAUAUGUCUUCCUUGAGAUUAUCUUCACGAAAACUCAGCGAAUCUAUGUUGAAAUCAAAGAUUCGUCGUCAAAGUUUAAAGCUUGGUGAUACCAUUAGUAACAGCUUUACCAAACUUGACCUCAAUGAGCAGAACAAUAACAUCAAUAACAAUAAUAAGAGUAAUGAAAAUAAUAAGAGUAAUGAAAAUAAUAAGAGUAAUGAAAAUAAUGCUGGAGAAAAUGGAGAUAGCUCUACAAAAUCUGGUAUCCUCAAUAAAGAUGAUGCUCCAAAGUUUAAUAGUAAGUUUUCAUUUGAUAACAAAGAGGCAGAUACAUCGGAUAUACAAUCUAAUCAAUCAUCUACGCUAAUCAGUUCUAGUACUGAUAAUGUUAAAUACAGACAUUACAGUAACUGCUACUCCUCGCCAGACGGCGUCAGAGCUGUUAGUGCAGUCAUUAGACCGUAUGUUAUUGCUUCAGUUGGUGCUAUAUUGAACAAUGAAUUUCAUAUGAAAGCUGGUAAGUUCAUCUUAACCAUUCAAAUCAGUAAACAAAAUAAACAGAAAAAAGAUAUCCCUACUGUUAUUUUUGUUCCAAAAUGGCACUAUCCAUAUCUAAAUUACGGCGAUAUAGAAUUAACUUCAGGAUAUGUAAAGUACAAUUCGCACUUGCAGUAUUUAGAAUGGUUCCAUGAAGAUUUGACUUCCGAAAGCACUACAAAAAAUGCAAGGAACACAGAAGAAACUAUAGUCAUUAAGAACUACAGCGGUAGAUUGGAAGUCCCUCCACCAAGUGGAAGUUUAGCUGACGCUGGUUGCCCUGUUACAUAA